AAUCCAGACACGCCAGCUGAUCUGGAGUCUGACUUAUGGAGUGGAAAGCUUAAGAACACAACACAGGCUGAUCUAGGAACAGUUUCAAGAUAAACCGGCUAGAGGUGGAGCUGCAUUUUUUUUGAAAGUGCACUCCUUUUAGAAGUAGCAAUAACGCAAAUAGCUCACAUACCGCGUACUUGAGGGCAGGAACCACUGCUUUGGGGUUUUAAACUUGUUUUUCUUCAACAAACCUGUGUGUUGACUCUCGAUGACUUUGAUGCCGUGAAGUAAAGACUCGAUACAUGAAGGAGUAGGCGGCCGCCCCGCACGUCCGGCGUGUCCCGGUGACAAAAACACUGGACUGACUGAAUGGGCGGAAUGUCAGUCAAAAAGACGCCUGAAACAGUUUAGUUGGAGCUGACGUCGUUUUCCAACUUGAAGCACGAGUUUACACGCUGGAAGAGGCGCAGUCACCGCGGGGCGAUGCUUCGUCUCACGCACCCACAACAUGUGACAUGAUCCCGCCGGGAAAGCCAGCCAGCGAGUCCAGCAACGACAUCAUGUUGGUCCGGAGCUCGCAGGUGAAGGGCAAGGCCAAGGUGUUGCACGCCGUGGUGGUCAUCUUCCUGGAGUUCUUCGCCUGGGGACUGCUGACCACGCCCAUGUUGACUGUCCUCCACGAGACGUUCCCUCAGCACACCUUCCUGAUGAACGGACUCGUCCAAGGCGUCAAGGGCUUCCUGUCCUUCCUGUCGGCGCCUCUGAUCGGCGCGCUGUCGGACAUCUGGGGGAGGAAGUCCUUCCUCCUCCUCACCGUCUUCUUCACGUGUGCACCCAUCCCCUUCAUGAGGAUCAGCCCCUGGUGGUACUUUGCUCUCAUCUCCGUGUCGGGAAUCUUCGCCGUGACCUUCUCGGUGGUGUUCGCCUACGUGGCUGAUGUCACCGACGAGCAGCAGAGGAGCACCGCGUAUGGCCUGGUGUCCGCCACGUUCGCCGCCAGCCUGGUGACCAGCCCAGCCAUCGGGGCGUACCUGUCGGCCAAAUACGGCGACAGCCUGGUGGUCCUGGUCGCCACGGUGAUCUCGGUGGCCGACAUCGCCUUCGUCUUCCUGGCGGUACCCGAGUCGCUGCCCGACAAGAUGCGUCUGACGUCAUGGGGGUUUCCCAUUUCCUGGGAGCAGGCCGACCCCUUUGCUUCGCUGCGCCGUGUGGGGAAAGACUCCACCGUGCUGCUCAUCUGCGUCACCGUCUUCCUGUCCUACCUGCCAGAGGCGGGACAGUACUCCAGCUUCUUCCUCUACCUGAGACAGGUCAUCGACUUCUCUCCCGCCGCCAUCGCCGCCUACAUCGCCAUGGUGGGCGUCCUGUCCAUCAUUGCUCAGACGCUGCUCCUCAGCGUGCUGAUGAGGACCAUCGGCAACAAGAACACGGUUCUCCUCGGUCUGGCCUUCCAGCUGUUCCAGCUGGCCUGGUACGCCUUCGGCUCUGAGCCCUGGAUGAUGUGGGCGGCGGGAACGGUGGCGGCCAUGUCGUCCAUCACAUUCCCAGCAGUCUCCGCCCUCGUGUCACACAGCGCCGCCCCCGACCAGCAAGGUGUGGUUCAGGGCAUGAUCACAGGGAUCCGUGGUCUGUGUAACGGUUUGGGUCCUGCACUUUACGGCUUCAUCUUUUUCCUGUUCAACGUGGAACUUAGUGACGUGCAGCCGGCGACUGCCAGACCCAGCCAACACGUGAAGAAAUCGAGCGUUCCCGGGCCGCCCUUCCUCUUCGGAGCAUGCGCGGUGGUCUUCGCCCUCAUCGUGGCCGUCUUCAUCCCCGAGCGCCCGCCGCCGGGCGACAUUAAGACCUGCUCGGCCAGGAAGUCCAGCAGCACGCCCGCCGCCUACGCUCAGGACGCCGGCCCUCUGGCCACGCCCACCAGCGACGCCGAGGACAUUGAGCCGCUCUUGCAGGACAGCAGCUUGUGAUGGACAGCCAGCACCUUUGUAUCUUUUUCAUAUCCGGCAGAAGUCAAGGGACACAUGGUUACCGUGGCAACUGCCAAAGGGGUCAUGUGACUGACGACAUGAAGGAACAAUCUGACUGUGGUCACAUGACCUGCUCACGACGUAAAGACUUUAAUUUCUUUCAUCACAAUAAAAAUAUUUAACAAG